UGAGGCCCGGCGUCCUCCCGAUCCCACUGCUUGUCUCCAGCCCUCUCUCGAUGGAACUACCUCUAAUGGACGGCUUCGAUCUUCCCACCACCUCCGGCCCGUCUGCUACAAUCGCCGGCGGCGACGACCGGCCUCCGAAGAUCACCAGGGACGGCGGCUUGGAGGAUGUGGACACGGGUCCUCUUCCUGACAGGUGCGAGGCGCUGGCUGCGGCCAUCGCAGGGGUGCUAGGCGGCGCGCUUGAGGAGCAUGAGGCGCGCGCCGCGGCCACCGCCCAGAGCCAGGCCGAGCUCGCCACCGCCAUUGACCGCCUCAACGGAGAACUAGACAGGCUAUUGGAGAAUGCACCCUCCCCGGUAAUAGCACAACAUGCAGCAAGGAUUUCUUCUAUCCGCAAGAGAGUGUUAGCGCUAAACAUGCUACUGAGGUCCAUACAAAGACGUAUAGAUAAUAUGGAUAGAAUGAUUUCUACUGGUGUUACAAGUGAUCAUUCAUCUCGUGUGCAGUUGCAAAACCAGAAUUAAACUUGGAUUGAGGAUCUAGAAGGACAUUUCCUGUGUUGCCCGUCAAUUGCUCACCAUUUCUGUCAGCUGAACUGUAAUUCAAUAGCGAUGCAGGCGGCAUUUUCACAAGAGGCUGUGUAUAAUAGUGAAGAGUGGUGAUUGCAACUGCCCUCCAAAUUCGCAUCACUAGGAACACUUCAUUCUUUUUCGUUGAAGUGGGAUUAGUUCUUCGGUCUGAACAAUCUCUUGUCCUUGGUGGCGUGGAAAGUGAAAUGCACUUCAGAUGUACCAAUUGUACUCAUGUACCAUUUCUCUUGGGGAAUCCGUCUCAACAUGUACAACACUAGAUUGCAAGGGGUAAACAAUAUUUUUAUCUCAUGUUGUGCAAAUUUGGAAUAACUGUGUUGAGAAUAUUGAAGAUAGCAACCGCUUGAAUUCAUGAAUUAUGUUGGCUGGUAGGAAGAAACCGUGAAUAUUCUGAAGAA